UUAAUCUUAAAACCAAUAUAUCCAAAAUCGAUUUAGUUAGGGGUUUGUUAGGUGGUUGAUUUUGAAUAUAACCCGUGUGUAUAUCUAUUUAGAUAUAAAAUAUGAGAUUGGGAGUUUUAGGUUGGAGUUCAAUCUGUGAGUUUUUCGUGAGUGAUUCCGGUGAAAGUCGAACCUUUCCAAUGGAUGAUUCCGGUGGGUGUUGAGGCUUGGUGUAAAGAUGCCGACCUCCACCUUGAAGCCGUGGUUACCAUAGGCCAUCGCGCACCAUGGGGCUGAGCAAAAAACCGCCGUCUAUUUGCUGGUGUGCUGAAUCAGAGUUUUUGGAAGUCGUCGGAGCUGUUUAUGUUCGUCGUCGUUCGCCGGAGAAGACUGGAGGAGCAGUUGCUGUUCAGAGGUGCUGGAGCGCCGCUAGUCGGAUUUGUUCUGAAACCGCCGCCACUGGACCGCCGAAGGAAUAUCACGUUGCCGGAGAAGACAGCCGCGUCAUCUUCCGGAGUUCAUCUUCGUUGAUUUCGUCGGUCGUUCUCGUCGCUGAAAUAAGAGCUCGAACAGGAAGUAUGCUGCGAGGGACAAAAGACAAUGAUGAAAUCCAUUGGUGCUAGGUAAGUCUAUAUAUAGUAAAUACGUAUUUGGGAUUUGGUUAAAUCACGAUCAAUAUAGGUGGAGAUUGUUGGAAAUUUUGACCGUUCGAGGCCUAACUCGACAAGUCCUUCGAUAAAUAAUUAGUUGGCCCACUCCGUAGCCCGACCCACUAAAUCAGCCCAACCCUUUAAUCCUAAACUUAUAUAUCCCAAACCGAUUUAGUUAGGGGUUUGUUAGGUGGUUGAUUUUGGAUAUAACCGUGUGUAUAUCUAAUUAGAUAUAAAAUGUGAGAUUGGGGGUUUUAGGUGGGAGUUAGUUUUGAGAGUGUUACAAUCGGAUUAGAGAGAGGGUGAGAAAGAGAAGAUCGAACUCUGAGUUUUCCGGUGAGUGAUUCCGGUGAUAGUCGAACCUUUCCAAUGGCCGAUUCCGGUGGGUGUCGAGGCUUGGUGUGAAGAUGCCGACCUCCACCUUGAGGCCGUGGUUACCAUAGGCCAUCGCGCACCAUGGGGCUGAGCUGAAAACCACCGUCUCUUUGCUAGUGUGCUGAAUCGGAGUUUUCGGAAGUCGUCGGAGCUGUCUAUGUUCGUCGUCGUUCGCUGGAGAAGACUGGAGGAGUAGUUGCUAUUUGGAAGUGACGGAGCGCAGCUGGUCGGAUCUUUUCGGAAACCGCCGCCGCUGGACCGCCGGAGGAAUAUCACAUUGCCGGAGAAGACAACCGCGUCAUCUGCCGGAGUUAAUCUUCGUCGAUUUCGUCGGUCAUUCUCGUCGCUGAAAUAGGAACUCGAACAUGAAGUGUCUGCUGCCUUUUGAUUUCAAAUAUUCAAUUAAGGUUUUGUUUUCUUAAUUGAGUUUUGGGCGUGUUUGUUUCUGUUCACUUUGAUUUUUAGU